AUGGAGAGCCCACCAGCCACUCUUCUGGAAGAAAGCCAGUACCGGAAAGUCCUAGAAAGAAGAACCAUGUUCUCUGGAAAACAGCUAGAAGAAUUAAAGAAGCUGUUCGUCAUGAACCCGUACCUCACCUCUGAACGCAAGAAUUCCAUAGCCUUGAAAACAGGUUUACCUCCGAGGGCCGUCCAGGUUUGGUUCAAGAAUCGCAGAGCAAAAGCCCGAAAAAGUGACCAAGAGUAUUUACCUCCAAAACAAGAAGCUCAACAACAGCACCCCGUGGAGGAAGAAGUCCAGACCAGCCCACCACCCAGGAGGAAUUUAGACUCAGAGUUCACGUCCCCAGAUGACUUCUCUCCUGGCCCUCUGGUUUAUGCACAGCACAGAGUCCCCUCAUUUCAGCUCAGCCUUUGUCCCAGCCCUAAAAAAUGCCACGCAGGCCACUUGGGCUGUCAUCAAAUAAUCCAUUUUGGCUGCUGCCAGGACUCCAACAUCUAUUACCUCCAUCCUCUUCUGCAUUCCCAACAGUGUCCAGGCUUAGUGUCUAAUAAGCUCUUGGACCCUGGCUCUCCAAGGGCUUAG